GAAAAUUAAAACAUAGUAUUAUUAAAAAAAGUUAUGGGAAUUCUUAAAAUUCAUGCAAGAUCUAUUUAUGAUUCACGAGGUAAUCCUACUGUUGAAGUAGAAGUGACUACAGAAACAGGGAUUCAUCGGGCAAAUGUACCCUCAGGAGCUUCAACAGGAAUUCAUGAAGCUUUGGAAUUACGUGAUAAUGGUUCUUCUUGGUGUGGAAAAGGUGUUACUCUUGCGGUUUCUAAUGUUAAUGAUAUCAUUGCCCCUUCUCUUUUAUCUGCAGGCAUUGAUGUUAAAGAUCAACGUUCUAUAGAUAAAUUUCUUAAUGAUCUUGAUGGUACUUCUAAUAAAUCAAGACUUGGAGCUAAUGCUAUUCUUGGUGUUUCCAUUGCUAUUUGUAAGGCUGCUGCUGCUGAAAAGGGUGUUCCUCUUUAUCGGCAUUUUGCUGAUAUUGCUGAUACUAAAGAGCCAUUUAUUCUUCCUGUUCCAUAUUUUAAUGUACUUAAUGGGGGAUCACAUGCUGGUGGAAGGUUAGCUUUUCAAGAGUUUAUGAUUCUUCCUACUAGCGCUGUUACAUUUCAAGAAGCUAUGCAGCAAGGCUCUGAGGUCUAUUCUGCUUUAAAAAAGCUUUCUAAAAAGAGAUAUGGACAUUCUGCUGGAAAUGUUGGUGAUGAAGGCGGUGUUGCUCCAGAUAUUCAAACAGCUGAUGAAGCCCUUGAUCUUAUUGUUACUGCUAUUGAAGAAGCUGGUUAUACUGGAAAAAUAAAAAUUGCAUUAGACGUUGCUGCUAGUGAAUUUUAUAAAAAUGGAAAAUAUGAUUUAGAUUUUAAAAAUCCUGAAAGCGAUCCUUCUCAACAUAAAACUUCUAAAGAACUUGCAGAUAUUUAUUUAGAUCUUUCUAAUAGGUAUCCUAUAGUUUCUAUUGAGGAUCCUUUUGAUCAGGAUGAUUGGAAUGCUUGGAUUUAUUUAUCUAAACAUGCUACGUUUCAAAUUGUUGGUGAUGAUUUGACUGUUACAAAUGUUUCUCGAAUAAAGGAAGCUGUUGAUAAAAAGGCUUGUAAUUGUUUGCUUUUGAAAAUUAAUCAGAUAGGAACCAUUUCUGAAAGUAUCAACGCUUGUAAAACAGCUUUUGAUGCUGGUUGGGGAGUUAUGGUUUCUCAUCGUAGCGGCGAAACUGAAGAUACUGUUAUUGCUGAUCUUGUUGUUGGUCUUGGUACUGGUCAAAUUAAGACUGGUGCUCCAUGCCGUUCAGAGCGUGUAGCAAAAUAUAAUCAGCUUUUAAGGAUUGAAGAAGAGCUUAACCAUUCUGUUUAUGCUUCUGUGAAUUACAUUAAAAAUAUUAAAUAA